AUGGAGCCCAGCGCCGCGAAGGCGAAGUGCGCGCUGUCUUGGCACCGCCCUCAUGGACAGCUUGCGGCCGCACGCGGGUGGGGCCUGCUUGGCAGAGGAUCGCCUCCCGCGAUUCUUGGGGCUAUUUUGACCCAGCCAUUGCGCGGGGUUGGCUGGCGGGCGCGGGGGUGCUUCACUGUCGCAAAAACAAGACUUAUGAAGAUCAAGGCGGCGUCUGCGACAACGCGGGGGCCGAAAUGCGAGAGGCUUCGUCCGCCGCCCAAGACCCUCAUUGGUGGGUCCACAAACUCCUCUACGGGGCAGUGGCGCGCUGCAACACGGCUUCGCUGUCGGCGCUGGGGCGCCGGGAGAAGUUGCACAUCCGCGCCGCCGGCGUCAUUGCUGGCGUUCCCGUCGGGGCCUCUUGGGCGGCUGCUGGAGCGAGGCUUGCCUUCUCUCGUUGGAGAGCGCUGCGUCGAUGCGGGGUGCCCAGUGCUAUCUGCAGUCGUGCGUGCGCGGCGGCGGGUUAGGGCUACACGCCGAGGCUCUUUUCCCGCCUUCCAACCCGACACACUCAGCCCUCCGCCUGAUGGCGGGGAAGUUGCACGAGCGUAG